CGCUAAGGUCUUUCCCGGGUGUGUGGGUGUGAUUUGAGUUCGGCCGCCGGCAGAGCGAGUGUGGAGACACGGUCGGGUGGGACUCGCCGGUUGGAUCUGACUAAAAGAGGUAGCAUGCUCGUUCUCCUUUGAGUGGUCUGUAAAGCUCAAGCUCGGACUUUAGCUUUCCCAGCACCAUCUUGGCAGAAUAAGAUGUGAUCGACAACGAAGACUUUAAUGUGAAUCCGAAUCUACACAGCAGUAUUGGCGAUUCCACAGGAUGGUAUGCUGUCUUCACCAGAGCAGUGAAUUUGCUGCCCUAGUGCAAAGUGUUUGCAACUUUCAAGAGAGAAUUUUCCAGAAUGUCUAUGGAUAAGUGAUGCCAGAAAAAAAUCCCAUGAAUGUGAAUCAAAAAGAGACAGGAAGCAUCACUGAUGUGUGCAGCAGUGAGGAUUUGCCUGAAGUGGAACUUGUGAGCCUGAUUGAAGAUCAGCUGGCCAGGUACCACCUGCGGGCAGACUCCCUCUAUCACUAUCAGAACAAGGACUGGGAGCAGGUUCCUGAAUACCCUGGCCAUGCUUCCAGCGAGUUAUCUCCUGCCCAGGCAGAGGAGACCUUCCGCUACAUGGUUCUCAGUUCCAACAGAGUGGAUCAGAUGACCAGGACAUACAAUGACACCGAUAUGGUUACGCACCUACUGGCUGAGAGAGAUCGCGAUUUGGAAUUGGCUGCCCGAAUAGGUCAGUCCUUAUUGCAUAGGAACCGGGUAUUGACGGAGAGAAAUGAGCUCUUGGAAGAACAGUUGGUUCAGGCUUACGAUCAAGUUAACCAACUGCAGCAUGAGCUGACCAAGAAGGAUGACCUCCUGCGAGUGGUGGCAAAUGCUUCAGAGGAGAGUGAAUCUGACUCCAGCUGCUCUACACCACUCCGCCAAAAUGAGUCAUUUCACCUGUCGCACAGCUUGAUGCAACUGGAUGCUUUGCAGAUUAAACUGCGAGAACUGGAGGAUGAAAACCUCUCUCUUCGGUCUGAGGCUUGUCACCUGAAGACAGAAACGAUCAACUAUGAAGAGAAGGAACAGCAGUUGGUCAAUGACUGCGUGAAGGAGUUAAAAGAAACAAAUAUCCAGAUUUCCAACCUGGCAGACGAACUCUCCAGAAAAAAUGAUGACAUCGCACGUCACCAGGAGGAGAUCACCAACUUGCUCAGUCAAAUUGUGGAGCUGCAGCUUAAAGUCAAAGAGUGUGCCAUUGAAAAAGAGGAACUUAAACAGCAUUUGCAGGCAUCCAAAGAUGCCCAAAGACAGCUCACGGCAGAACUACUCGAAGUGCAAGAUCGGAAUGCUGAGUGUUUAGGAAUGUUGCAUGAAUCCCAAGAGGAACUAAAAGAAUUGCGGAACAAAUCAACAUCAUCCUCACUUCAGCGGCCCCAGUCCUACAGCAUGUUCCCAAUGGACUCCAUAGCUGCUGAGAUCGAGGGAAGCAUGCGGCGGGAGCUAAAUCUGGAAGAGUCAACCAUUCAAGACCAAAGGAAUCAACAUAAGCGGGUUUUCCAUACCGUCAGAAGUAUCAAUGAAACUAUACAAUCCCACAAGUUGGCAUCCCCUCUGGGAUCUAUUCCAGGAUCUGGUUGCUCAUCUGUUGUCAUGACAGUGAAACCGCACCAAUCUGUCAUGGGGACAACUGAUACAAAGCUGACAAAGAACACUGCAAGUGAACAGGGUGCUCACUGCAAUCUUUCAAAGACCGGGAAGCCUGGUACCCCUGGGGGCAAAGACUUGGCCGCUGCCCUGCGCCGGCUUUCCUUACGGCAGGAGAAUUACCUGAGUGAGAAAAUGUUCUUUGAAGAUGAGCGGGAUCGGAAGCUGUUGGCCCUGGCAGCAGGGGAGGAGAGUGGAUCCGCUACACCAGCGGAGAGUAUGGUCUCCACAGGGACCAAUGUCACAGAUCUCACAGAGAUGUCCUGUAUUUCAGGAGUGUCCAGCUGUUUCCGCACAUUCCUACCUGAGAAGCUACAGAUAGUCAAGCCAAUAGAAGGUUCUAUGACUUUGCACCAGUGGCAACAGUUAGCACAGCCCAACUUGGGUACAAUUUUAGACCCACGACCUGGCGUCCUCACUAAAGGCUUUGAGCCACUGUCAGAAGAUGACGUGCAUCACCUGUCUGAUCUGGAAGAGGACAGCGAGGAGGGGAUCACCUUUAGAGCGCAGCUUACCUCUACGCCCGAGGGAACAAAGGAGAAAGAGGAAAGUGAAGAUAAUGAGAAGCAGCUAUCAAAGAGGCAGGAGAAACCACCAGAUAUUUUUCUGCCAAUGACCAGCCUCUCUCCUCAGGAAGCAACAGCUGUGCGGAAUCCUGGCAAAUGUCUGUCACAAACCAACUCUACUUUCACCUUCACUACCUGCCGGAUCCUCCAUCCCACAGAUGUUGCUCAAGUCACAACAAGUUUCACGUAUGCUGCAGUGCCAAACAUAGGGGGCUCAUCCAUCAACAUCACCAAUUCCAGCAGUCCCAGUGUUACUUGCCGCCUGAGCAUCGGUGAAUCCUUCAUGAAGACGAGGGAGUCAACUACUACUCUGAGCAGUACCAGCAGCCUGACCAAACUGCUGCACGAUCGCGGGAUCUCUGCUGGCAUUUAUCAUUGUCCCUUUUUGAAAAGUCCACCUGUGGUUCGCCCGAAGACGUUAGCUGUACCCUGUACCCCACCAAACUCCCCCUCCUGCUCUCCGUGCCCGUCGCCCUUGCCCUUUGACUCGCGGAGUGCCAUUGACAACUUCCUGGCUUCGCGGCCAGCUGAGACAGUGCUCCAGGAGGUUUACUGCUUGAAGCCUGGGCGGAGCCGUACAGAUUCCGCUCCCAUCAGUCUGAACUUGGUCAAGAAGCUGCAAAGGAUGGGAAUUGCCCAAGUGGUCAAGCCCAAGAGCGCUCAAGGGCACGAUGACAGUGUAGAGGGCAGGAGCAGGCAAUGCAGGCCUGAGUCGGCAGUGUUCAUGGGGACUGGCAGCAAUCUUCUGGGAGGUUUAAGGCGGAACCAGAGCCUCCCCAGUGUGAUUGGUGGACUUGGCAUGCCAGUACCAAAAAUGGGCAACUUAACCGAAGACAAGACUGAAAGCAAGUCCAAUUUACCGGCACAGUGAUGGCUGAUGAGGUAUCACUGGUGUCAAUGUUUGCUCCCCUUCCCCACUGGAAGAAGUGAUUUUUUUUUUGUUGGAAGACCCCUUGAAAGUCUCAGGAUGGUGUGUGUAAGUGAGUGAGCGAGCAGAGGGUGAGAGAGCUGAGGAAGGAAAUGGGAAUGGUUUAAGAGAUGAGAGGUAAAUGAAGGGAACUGAUUAUAAUGAGAUGGGGAAAGAGAAGUGUGGUGAAAUCGUGCAUGUUUUUUGAGGUUUUGCAAACAGAAUGAUGAAAAAGAGCCAGCUUCACACUAAUUGAUUGAAGUAACUUUGCGGGUUAAGCACAAUUCAUCAACUUUCAUUCUUUUUCACAAGGGAAUUAUAUCAUCAUACCACAAAAUGCCAGAAGCACAGAACAAAGCAUUAAAGCACAAUCCAGAAAGCUUUAUCUGGGUGAAGCACAGUUUUACUAGCAAUUUAUAGCACUGUUAAAUGACUGUGAAUGAGUACAAUUGAGAAACCCAAACUAUCGCUAUCUAAUAAUCGUGCUUUAUUCCUUUAUUAUCCACACCUUGCACUGCACUACCUGUUUGCGAUGACUAGCGUUUUAAAAUCACAUGUAUUUUGGCAUUUUAGAAAUCAGUCAUCACACCAGAACCUGUUAUGCCAUGAAAUGUAAAUAAUCCUUUCAGCUAUGGCCUGCAUGCUCCUUAAUAGUUUGCUUUUGUAAUUUCACUUAUUAACCCUUAUCAAAUGCUCUGGGAUGGUUUAGGUUUUCUGAAACCUCUUUCACAUGAGUCCUGGCACACUUUUUGUUUUGCCCGAAAAUAGAAAGGUUUUUAACCUCAAGAGUAUUGCAUGCGUCUCUUUUGAGAUUCCCCUGUAAUCAAUUCUGUCAUCGUCACAUUGUCAAACUCGAAAAGCUGUGCUAAUCUAUUAUAUACUCAAUUAGAUAUUGGGUGCCCUUGGCAUUUUUGCAGUGUGAGUGCCAGACUGCACAAUGCAUGGCCUUGGCAACAUGAGGAAUGAAGGCCAUGUGUAUUAAAUGAAGUGUUAUCUAGGAGUGACUUAGGACUUUGUAAUGGGUGCCAGUUUGGGUGGGUGAGGGUAGGGUGCAGUUGCUGAGCUUUAUACUUUUUAUUGAGUUGUUUCAGUUAUUUUAUUGUUUUCAUAUAAAUCUAUAAGAUGUCCAUUUUUUUCUUGCACUGUUUGCUAAUCUAUUGUCAUUGUAAUAUGACACAGGCAACUGAGUUUAGUUUUAAAAUUUUCAAGGUUCUGCAAAACGUUCGUUGGGAUUGCUAGCAAUGCAAGUGAAACUUGAGCUGGUUACACUUCAGAUUGAAACGGGUUUACUCUGUAUUUCUCUGUACUGUGCAGUUUUGGCCUGUUUGGUUUUGAGUGGAAUGGAAGGGACAGCCUGUGUUGUUAAACACAGGACUGAGUGGCGUGAUGAGUUCCAUCUUUUGAGUUUUUAAGGCUUCAGAUGUCAUAAACUUUACAAAAUGAGGAUGGGAAAUCCACUGCAGCCAAAAGGCAUAUGGUUUUAUUUAAUUUUGUCAUUUCAAAAACAACAAAUCCGCAUGGUAGAGUAAAUGGAGUGAGGGGAAAAUUUUAGUCCAAGUUGACUGAACAGAAUUAUGGUUCCUGUUGUCAUGGCUCAAGUAGGUUCAGACUUUAAUAGAAUUCUCAAUGUUAUUGGCAUGGUGCAGCCUGGUUCUGUUUUAUUCAAUAUAUAACUGCAUUUUGAUUGCUCUGCAAUCAGGAAUUUUUGUUCUCUUUCUCUCACACUCGAGAGAACCCCGCUUCUCUUAAUCACAAUAUAGGCUAGUCAGGGGAAGUAGUGAUAUUGUCUUGACUACAUGUAAGGUGAGGGUUGCCUACUCUUUUUACACACAUUCCAGGAGAUUUGCCACAUGUCUUCCACUAGUUCCAACCCUCUGCUCGACGUAUACUUCCUCUUGUUAGUAUUUACAAUGCUCUGUCACCAAAUUAGAUAUUUCUCUAUUGAUUCUUCACCUAAAAAGAACAGUUUGCCCACCUCUUUAUAACCUAAAGUCCAAUGUGUUCAAAAACAUUUUUUUAAAUAAAUGCUUCUAUGGUAUCCUGAUUUGCUUGCAGCAUUGUCCUGGAGAGUUGGUAACUCCUACAGAGAUUUUGUGUUAAUUUUUCCAAUUAGAUUUUGUGUAGGUUCAUUAUAAUCUGCAAAGCUGCAGUAUUGAGGGGAAAGAAAAGCCGAGUCCUGCUUUUUUUCUGAACACAACUCGAUGGUACAUCCAGUAUUGGUUCAGUACAUGUGGAUUCCCUGGAAUUCUUUCCAACCUGAGCAUGAGAGACACAUAACUUCAUUUGGUAAAAUACACUAUUUUGCACUUUAAAAAUAACUUGCACUUUUUGGUUUGUAAUCCUAAAUAAUAUAAAGAUAGGGAAACAUGAAAAUUUAAUGCAGAGCAAGCUUUAAAUUCUUUUUGCCAUUAAAGUUCCUUCAUCUUUCAAAGAUUUGAGGUUUACCUUUUGCUUAUGGAUUUUGCUGAUUAAGUGAGUUAGAGGGAAUUGUACAAUCCACUAAUCUCCAGUGUGGACUAUAAUCUGUGCAAUGCUCAAUUGGGUUGAACUGCACAAACCCAGGGAUCCCUGCUCAUCUGUGACUUGUGUAUUAGAGAUGGCACAGUCAUUACUUGCAACCACCAGUUAUCAAAGAACAGUAAGUAGGAAAAUGAAGACGACAUACUUUCAGAUACAGAAAGUCUGCAUCGGAGCACAGGAAAUAUUAAACUGGAGAUACCAAAAUUAAUUAAUUAACAGUUGCUAGUUUAGAAACACAUCACAAUAUCAGCUCCAGGUGUCUUGUGUUUCAAACAUGUAUGUAUUUUUACAUAGAGAUGAAUCUAAAAUGGAUGUGCAAUCCAUUCCCUUCUGAGACUUGUUGCAUCUGAGGAGGACAUGAGAGCUUCCAUCAACUUGGGAACCAUUAGGCAGUUGACGUGAUUCUGCAGAAUUCAGAGUAAGAUGCAUUGGACAGGGUGAGACAGGAAAAGUAGUUUCAAGCAUGUUGGUAGGAAGCGAGUGCAUAGGAAUGUAUCGCAGUGAACUUUGCCCCAAGUUGAUCAGAGUACAGAAUGUGGAAUUCCUUCUGAUAAAUGUCCUAAUUUGUAGCUGUGUCUAUUGCCCCUGUAUCUGUAGCUGUGAUGGACCAUCUCCUGGUUGAACUGUUGGUCAGUGGCUGCACAGAAAUGAUUAAAUGAGACUUGGAGCAGAUAUUCCUUUGCUUCGUGCUCAUUAUAUAUUGCCUAGUUUUGCCUAGGCUUUGUAUAAAGCUUGUGAUUAAUGGGACCACAACCUAAUUACUGAUAAACUAAGUAAUUAGAUACUGAAAGCUUCGGUUUCAACCUGCAAAGUUUGUAAAUGCAUAUUCUAUUUAAAUACAGAAUUUUGACUGGAAAUUGGUGAUAAUCGUUACUUGUAUGCAAGUGAAAUGGUGUGUACAUUUCAAAUGCAAUUAUUUCUGCAAAGGAAAUACCAACUGAAAGCAGGAGGCUGUUGUUUAUAGAGCAUUGUCUCAAAUUUGAUCUGCUCUCCACACAGCAAUAUCUUGUAUUUAGUUUCAAUGCUAUCUUCAGUAAGAGCAAGUCACUGAUGCCCAAGGGGCCCGAGGAUCCCCGCUAAGUUAGGAAACAGGGGAAAAAACAUUUAUUUGUACAGGGCUCAAUUGAGUCAAUAUUCAGAUGCCUGUAUUAUUGCUUCUGGCCUUGCAUGCUUCAUUUUUUUUAUAAUUAAUAAAUAUCUAUUUGCAGGAUUGAGACUGUAUAGACUGACCAAAGGUGAGGUAGCUGUGUGAGGGAGGUAGAACAUGUCCUAACAUCUUGCCUCUCUUUCUUUUGGGGAGUCAGGCCUUGAACUGGAUUGUCUGUCUAUUUCUGGGCUAUGCAGAGAAGGGAGUUUGUCCCACCUGAUGUGUUUGGAUCUCCGGGCAGCGUGCAAUGGGAGCAGUUAGUCUUUACUGAACGUAAGCCAUCCUCAACCAUCUAUUAUUGCAUUUCAUUUGCCAGUCUCUGGGAAAAUCUUGCACUAAAAUUUUAUUUUGGGUGGAGGGGGCAUUAAUCUUGUCCCAGUAUAUGACUAGCUUUGUUUGUUUGCUUGGUUAUUAAAUUUAACUUCAAUAUUUAAUGUGUCCCACCCCUGUGUUAUAGCAACAGUGAAAUAGAAGAGAUGAGUCAUGUUGGUACCUGGCUGGAUUUAGUUUAAUGUCUCAGUCCUUGCAGUUUAUAUUCUAGAAUUACUCAAGAAAAAUUUCAACUUUGUUAUGCAUUAUUUAAUAUUGUAAUAAUUGAUGUAACUACAAAGUUACAUGGGAUUUCUGAGUCACUUCAAUUCCCAAAUAAAAACAUUUUUGUAAAUCCC